AUGUCUAUCCUCAGUUCCCAGCCCCUCAAGGUUCCUCUCCUGUCAGAAGAGCCAAGCCAUUGCACGAGACAACGGCUCUUGCGGAAUUCACCGCAAACUGAAGGAGAGCUUACUCUCCCCCAAUACACAUACCAGGCGAAUCCCUUUCGAAGCAUCAGUUUCAGCAAUCCUGACAAUUCCGCCCUCACAACUAGCCUGGUCUUCAUCAAUGAGGACCCAGCGAGACAUCUGCGUCCCGAAAUCGAGAAGUUGCUUGAACAGCACGAGGUGCCGCCAGAAUCCAAUUUUCGCACCUUGAAGGCAAGCCUUGAUGGCAGCCAAUUCUUCUUUGUGCAGGUUCUUGUCAGAGGCGAGAACUCAACUUUGAUUCGCUUUGAACCUCUCAAGGACGACAUUGUUCGGCUUCUGCGUCGAAACAAUCUCCCGGACAUGCAUGUUGAGAUUCUUCAUGCUGAACACUUCUCUCCUCCAAAGAUCCAUGCUAUCAAAUCGGGGCAUAUAAUCGUGGGUAUAUUCGAGGAAUGCAAACAUGAAAUCGCAAGCAUUCUCACCAACUCGCUUGGUCAGAAGUGGCAGGUGGUUUGCCCGUUCAGAGUUGGAGGCAAGGAUUCCAAACAGGCGGAACCUGCAAUUGUCGUCAUUGUUGAGGGACCGGUUAAAGCGAAUUGGUUCCAGAUCCGAGCUCGAAUAAUCAAUCAGAUGCUUGCGAAAGAGCCCAACCUUCGUAUCGACGUCGAGUUCACUCCGGGAAGCCUGGACACCUUAGUUGGAAAAGAGCCUGUCUCAUGCGAACAUCGAUUCGAAGUCAUCGCCGAUAUCAAAAUGGGAGACUCGAUCGGGGUUCGCGAAAGCAAUAUCGUUGGUACAAUGGGUGGAUUCAUGGAAUUGAAGCUCGGCGAUCGCACCCACCGAGGAUUCCUCACGAGCUACAGUGCAGUUGUUCCAUCAUCUUGUGAAACCCGUGAAGUAAUCGAUCGCACGGGGAUAUACCCAGAUUCAAAUAUCGCUCACAGAGAUAUUACUAUAGAGUCUAUUGCUCGGAUGGAUCGAGAAUACACACUAGCGAACAUCCGUGCUGUCAUGAAUGCCAUCGAAUCCCGCAAGGCCACACUUGAAGCGGAGAUCGAAAAACAAAGCUUGUCAAUGCAGGAUCUAAGAAAAUCAUCUCUCAUUCAGCUUGACUCCCUUGGGGUCUCUAAGAGCAAAUUCGAGAGAGCGCGACAGUCCAUCGAAAAUAUGCCAGACAUUUUCGGCCGUGUGCUCCUCACUUCUGGUCUACUAUUGCACGACAAACAGGUCCUCGAUUGGGCAUUUGUGGAACUCACACCUGAAGCCGAGAAGCUGCAUUUCAAACCAAAUAUCAUGCUCAAGAUUCCAGACGUCCAAAUACCGGAUUUUGGUGAUAGACUCCCUUACUUUCCAGUCGCACCGUUCCUUUCAGGAUGUCCAAUCACAGAAUUUGGAGAGCUCGAGAAAGACAGAUGGUACUUCAAACAUGGCCGUACCACGGACGUAACAGGGGGAAUAUGCAAUGGCUCCAAGGCCCUGUGUAAUUGGAAAGGAUCCCGGUACACUGUCGACGGCAAAGAAUGCCAGAUGGCAAGCCAUUACACCGAGCAGUUUGUGAUCCUCGGUGUUAAAUACAACUUUGCGGAGCCGGGCGAUUCUGGAUCUCUGCUUCUAAGGGAUGAUGGUGCUGUCGCAGGACUGAUCUGUGCAGAAGUACGGGACAGCAGUGGGAGAGAGAAAAGCCUUCCUGUUGUGGUUUCCGAGAUUUCGGAAAUUCUGGGCUCCUUAACUAUUAGAGUGGCGGGCUCUGUCUCUCUUCGCCUUCCAUGA